GUACUGUACAUGACUUUCUAAUUAACCCAUCACGAUUCACGACAUCGCUCCGGGUCAUAUAAACCCGUUUCUCAGUCUACAACGAUACUCAUUUAAAGAGCGGGCUACCAAUUCUAGUCACGAUGUCCGGUGAACCUCAUGGCCCGCCUCGUCGUAGGCCUGUCCAUAUGAUCCCGCCAACAUCCAGCUGGCGGGCCCCUCGCGCAUACAGAUACACUGCGACCGCUCUCGGCGCAAGCAUGUGGUUUUUCUUAAUGUAUCGAGCGAAGAAAGAUGGCGCCGUCCUGAUGGGCUGGAAGCAUCCGUGGGACCACUAGACGAAAGACUUGACGAGUGCGAAGAAAGAACAAAUAUGAAACACAAUGGCUGGCUUAUAACCACGACUUGAGGUGGCUCGAUU